UGCAGUGGAUGGAGCAAUAGGGGAUAGCAGCAGGAAGAUGUGGAGGAGUUUCAGAGGGGAAUCAAUGGAUUCAGGAAGCAGUAGGAAUUUGGAAAAUAUGGUGAAUAGGGACUAUCCUGAUCAGCUUGUCCCAAAGAUAAACACAAACAAGAAAAUGUCUACCUUAGCAAACCAGCCACGCAUCCUGGAAAUGUCACAAGAAGUUAAGAAAAGUUGUGGAGAUAAACAGGUAGAAAUCACAGUCGAAAGAAUAAAAAUAGCAAAGAGCAUCAAAGAAAAACAAAGCAAAGAUUUAGAGAAAGUGGCCUUUAAAAGAAAGGCAGAAAAUGAAGAAAAGCCAGCUGGAAAAAAAGAGGCAAAGAUAAUGGAACUUGACAGCACGUUGAUCACCUUGCCUCUGCCUCACAUCCCCUUAAAAAAUAUCAUGGAUGUGGAGGCGAAGUUGGUCUAUGUCGAUGAAGAGGGCGUGAACUAUGAGUUUGUAGAGUCCUUCAUGUCUACUGGGAUUCGACCAUCAUGCCAAGCUGCUGAAAUUGCAGACCCUUUGCAUGUAGCUAAUUGCAACUUUCUACCUCAGAUUGACAAAUGGCUUCAGGUAACCUUAAAGGAUGCCAGCUCUUGCUACAGACAAAAGAAAUACGCCGUGGCAGCAGGACAGUUCAGAACAGCAUUGGAGCUUUGCAGCAAAGGGGCAGCUCUAGGAAAACCAUUUGAAGCAUCUGCUGAAAAUAUAGCAAGUGUGGCAAGUUUCAUUGAGACAAAGCUUGUUACAUGCUAUCUACGCAUGAGGAAACCGGACCUUGCCCUGAAUCACGCACACAGGAGCAUUGUUUUAAACCCAGCUUAUUUCCGAAAUCAUCUUCGCCAGGCAACAGUGUUUAGAUGUCUGGAAAGAUAUUCAGAAGCUGCUCGGAGUGCCAUGAUUGCUGACUACAUGUUCUGGCUCUGUGGAGGAAGUGAACAGCAUAUAAGCAAGCUCAUCAAACUGUAUUGGCAGGGCACCCAGUCCGUGAUACUUCAUUAUGGCAACUCUAGCAAGCUAAUACGGGAACAGUUUACUAAAGACCUGCUGGCUGCCUUAGCCUUGUCAGCCUUCCAAAGUUGGCAUCCAGGACUCAGCUCUCAGGUCCUGCGGCACACUCCUCAUCCAUUGCUACCUCCGCAGAGUGCGAGCUCUAGGUUUGGAAUCUCGGUCGUAUUCUUUACCCCAUGCCAGUUCCUCAAACCUGCAAAGGCCAACGCAGCGGGCAAUAUAAAGCAGUCCCUCAUAUAUAUAGAUGAGUCUGCUGAUCUACAAUCAGUUCUUCAUGUUUGCUUUUCUGGUGGUGCUGACAGUUUCACUAUGUCAGACUCUGUUAAACCAGUCCUCUUCUGUGGCUAUGAGUUCAUAUUUCUCAGAGAACAAGCUGAGGCCAGGGAAAGAGAUCUUCAAGGACUCCACAUGUUGCCUCAGACAGUUGAUUGGUCAUCUUUUCCUCCCCAACAAUACCUCUUGACUCUUGGGUUCAAAAUCAAAGAAGAUGGAAAAUUUUUGGAAAAACUAUCAAGUAGGAAGCUGCCUACAUUUACAGAAAAUAAAAUGCCCUUCGGUCUGCUGACCAAAGAAGACACAGUGAGGCACAUGGAGACAAUGGGAAAGCGGAUCUUGCCAAUAUUGGAUUUUAUUAGAAGCACCCAGUUGAAUGGGAGUUUCCACGGGUGCUUGGGUGUGAUGGAGAAGCUGCAGUAUUCCAGCCUCCUGAGCCGGCUGCAGAGAGUGAAGGAGCAGGCCCAGGUGAUCAAUCAAGCAAUGGCGGAGCUGGCAACCAUUCCCUAUCUACAGGACAUCAGUCAGCAGGAGGCAGAAUUGCUGCAGUCACUAAUGGCAGAUGCUAUGGACACCCUUGAAGGAAGAAGAAAUGAUAAAGAACGUGUGUGGAAUACAAUCCAAAAGGUUGGACGAAUUGAAGACUUUCUAUACCAAUUAGAGGACAGUUUCUUAAAAAUGAAAAAACUGAGAACUGCCAGAAGACAAAAAACAAAACUGAAGCGGCUUCAAACUGUGCAGCAAAGCUAGUCCCUGGGGCGCAGGCGCUACCAUCAAGAUGUCCCAGAGAGAGGGGCAAUGGCCUCCAACCAACCUGACUAUGACAAUCCAGUAACAAAGGCCUUAUCACCAAAGGAGUGAGGUUGUGCUUCCCUUGGCUCUUCUUUACAAACGUGUCCUAUACUUUAUUAAUCUUGACUGGCAGCAAUAAAUGUUCUCAGCAAGUUUGACUUGACUCUUGUUCAAAUUCAACUUACUUGGUUAAACAGCUUAUAAAAUAAAAUAACCAUUGCUGCCUCUUU